AGACGUGGCGGAAAGGAUGAGUUGUGGCGCCACAGCAGGGAGCCCGUGCGCCAGCCGCUGCUGAAGAAGCUGCUGACUAAAGAGGAAUUGGCCAUGGAGGCUGUUGGCGCUUUCACUGCGAUAUUGAAAUACAUGGGAGAUUUGCCGUCGAGAAGAUCGCGUACGGGCAACGAGCUUACGGACCAAAUAUUCGAUGGACCCUUGAAACAUGAGAUCCUUCGAGAUGAAGUGUACUGCCAAAUCAUGAAACAGCUGACUGACAAUAGAAACCGGUUGUCUGAAGAGCGCGGAUGGGAACUCAUGUGGCUCGCGACCGGGUUGUUUGCGUCUUCGCAAAAUCUUUUGAAGGAGCUUAACCAGUUUCUGCGCACUCGUCCCCAUCCGAUUGCCCUGGACGCGAUUCAGCGGUUGCAGAAGACCAUCCGGAACGGGCAAAGGAAAUACCCGCCUCAUCAGGUGGAAGUUGAAGCGAUUCAACACAAGACCACGCAGAUCUUCCACAAGGUUUACUUUCCCGAUGACACGGACGAGGCUUUUGAAGUUGAUUCGAGCACGAGAGCCAAAGAUUUCUGCGCGAGCAUAGCGCAGAGGUUGAAUCUGAAAUCCAGCGAAGGAUUCUCCCUUUUUGUCAAGAUAGCAGAUAAGGUCAUUUCUGUGCCCGAAGCUGACUUCUUCUUUGACUUCGUUCGUCAUCUGACUGAUUGGAUUAAAAAAGCUCGUCCUUCUCGAGAUGGAGCGACGCCUCAAUUCACGUACCAAGUGUUCUUCAUGAAGAAAUUGUGGACGAAUACAGUGCCUGGUAGGGAUCGAAAUGCGGACAUCAUUUUCCACUACCAUCAAGAACUUCCGAAACUCUUGCGAGGAUAUCACAAGUGCACAAAAGAGGAAGCAAUGAAGCUUGCUGCAUUGAUUUACCGUGUACAUUAUGGUGACUCGAAGGACGAAUUUGCGUCUUUGCCUCAAAUGUUGCGUGAACUGGUGCCGAAUGACCUCAUUAAGACCGUAGGAACUAUGGAGUGGAAGAAGGGGAUAAUGUCAGCUUACAAUCAGGACCAAGGGAUGUCUCCGGAAGAUGCCAAGAUUGCCUUCCUGAAAGUGAUAUUCAGGUGGCCGACGUUCGGGUCGGCCUUCUUCGAGGUGAAGCAAACGACGGACCCGGCGUACCCGGAACACCUUUUAAUCGCCAUCAACAAACACGGUGUUUCCAUGAUCCAUCCGGUCACGAAAGAACUGCUCGUCACUCACCCUUUCACUCGCAUCUCCAACUGGUCGUCGGGCAACACUUAUUUCCACAUGACGAUCGGCAAUUUGGUGGUUCGCGGGUCCAAGCUGCUGUGUGAAACCCCGCUGGGUUACAAGAUGGACGACCUUCUCACUAGCUACAUUUCACUCAUGCUCACUAACAUGAAUCGCCAGAAAACUUUGGGUCGUUCCGCCGGGAAGCAGUGAUGAUGCUUUGCCCUCUUGUCCUAGGUUCGAAACAAUUUUCUCGCCUAACAUUAUUUUUCUCGUCGACAACGACGAGAUGAUUUAACCGAAAUUCGUCUGCUGAGCUAGCUGUCAAGGGGCGGCAACAGAUUCAGCCAUGAAAUUUUUAAACUGCCAGGGCUUCUAGAAAAAAAGAAGAAGAAGGAAGAUGGGGUUUUUCAGCUAGAGUUUGCCGCAGUCAAAAAUACUGUUCUAUUUUUCAUCACUUCCAAAGCAUCAUCAAAAAAUAUUCAUAUUUUCGGCCGAGGAAUUGAAGUUUCAGACGAGAAUCACGUGAUGGUUGUGUCUUGAAUGCGUCAAGCAUUUUACUUCCAUAUAAGAAGAUGCUUUUUCACUCUUGCUCAUGCAAAAGAAAUGCUCGGUGACGUACAAAGAAGACCUCUGGACAAUCCGGUUUGAACUUUUUUUUAAGGAAUGAAUUUAUUUUUUUCGUGGUUGAAAAAAAAAACCAGAUUGAAAGUUCCGCUUUGUUCCUAAUUCUCGGAGAUGUACUCGAAGAUUCUGCAUUUUUUUCGUAAUAAUCUAUUGGGACCAUUUAGAAAAUAAUUUAUUGGAAAUUUAUCCUUUUGAUUGUUGAAGAUGAAUUCGCGAUUUUUGGGGUGUAUUGAGUUUUUAUUUGGUUAAAGAAAUCUGCUGGAAGUUUUGAAAUUCGUUACGAGUUCUCUUCUCGUUUCUUCGCUGGAGAUUUAUCCGUUAGGUUCGUCUAUUUAUUGUUUUGAAGUUAUCUCAAAUCAUGAAGUUGAAUUUUGUUUGUUCUUGAGGUGAACGAAGAUUAUGCCCGGGGGGGGGGGGGGGUUGUUUUACCUAUUGCAGCAUUUUGAACCGUUGAAUGCGAUCGUUGUACCCGCCGUGUGUGUGUGUAUGAAGGAUCGUUGAGGUGAUGCUCGGCCAGAGCGGGUGUUGGAAAGAAGGAAGUUAUAUUUCUUUUUUUUUGUUCGUGCUGAGAUGCUGGUAUCGCUGCAGCUUAUAUUGGAGUAGAGAUGUGUAGAUACAAAAAACAAACAAAAAAGAAAUGCGGUCAAGUGGAAUUAUUAUCCGUCCUCCUGUUUGAAAUCGUGUUUCGUGGUUAACGCGAUAUACAUUUCGUUAUUUAUUCGAAAUGAUGCCAGAGAUUUUGUUCUUUUCCGGGAAAAUGCUGUGGAUGACGAAAAAAUGUAUUUUUUGUCGUUAUAUUCUUGUGAGAAUUUUACGUCGACGAUGAACAAUAAAAAGAAAGCCUGAGUAUGUGGAACACCUCAA